AUGCCACUGCGCCUAAUUUCCCUGGCCGUUGUGAGAGCAUCAAGACCCUUUGUUAGGACCUUGAAGACGGCUGCUACACCCAAGCUCACAGAUGUGCUAAUCAUUGGCGGUGGUCCAGCUGGUCUGACCCUAGCUGCAGCAAUUAAAACAUCCCCUUACUUGUCUGGUCUCUCAACGACCUUGGUCGAUGCUAGUGAUUUGACUAAUAAGGUGGCUAGCUUUUAUAAGUCACCCCCCACUCACUUCACAAACCGGGUUAUUAGCUUAACUCCCCAAUCGAAGAAAUUCUUGGAGCAAACUGUGGGUGUUCGCUUAAUGGAGGAUAGAAUACAGCCAUUUGAUGGCAUAUAUGUUACAGAUGGUUGCUCAAAUGGAACAUUAGAAAUGGAGCGAGAAUCAAUGGGUUAUAUGGUGGAAAUCUCAAAUAUUCAAAGUUCCGCCUUGAACAGAAUAGAGGAGCUGAAACCUUCCAACCUAGAGAUAAUUGAUCAAACAAAGGUAGUCAGUAUUGAGCAUAGCGAGACAGAUAAUUUAAAUUCAUGGCCAAUUGUUCACCUAAGUAACGGAGAUUCGUACAAGACUCGUUUGCUGGUGGGAUGCGAUGGUUUCAAUUCCCCGGUCAGAAAAUUCUCGAACAUUGAAUCUCGUGGUUGGCUUUACAAUCGAUUUGGAGUUGUGGCCACUAUGAAAUUAGAGUAUGCUCCUUUCAAAAUAAGAGGAUGGCAAAGGUUUCUUCCCACUGGCCCUAUUGCCCAUUUGCCAAUGCCGGGCGACAGCGCUACACUUGUCUGGAGCACCACGGAGCCACUUUCACGCCUGCUGGUUUCCCUGGAUUCUAAACAAUUCACGAUGUUAGUCAAUGCUGCAUUUGUUUUAGAAGACGCAGACAUGCAAUAUUACUAUAAGGAACUUGAAAAGGGGACUAUCACCACCGAGGAGCUAUUCAAGGAUAUUUCAUUCAGAACUGAGCAAGUCUACUCUCAGUUGGACAGCGAAUCGAUGAUCGACGAAAUUUAUCCGCCCACAGUCAGCUCAGUAGAGGACGCAUCCAGAGCAAGGUUCCCUCUAAAACUUUCUCACGCCGACUCCUAUGUCGCUGAAAGAAUAGCACUUGUUGGUGAUGCUGCUCACACGACCCACCCAUUAGCAGGUCAGGGAUUAAACAUGGGACAAGGGGAUGUUGAGUCUCUUUUACGUGCACUCGAAAACGCAUCUAAUAGGGGCCUGGAUAUAGGCUCCCUUUUGGCCUUAGAACCAUACUGGGCCGAUCGAUUCCCAACGAAUAAUAUGCUUCUAGGGGUAGUGGAUAAGCUGCACAAACUUUACUCCACAGAUUUUGGGCCGGUGGUUGCCAUGCGGACUCUUGGUUUGAAUGUAGUUAAUAAUUUAGGCCCUCUAAAGGAGAUGAUGAUGGGUAAAGUAAGUGGUCCAUCUUCUUAA